AUGUCAAGAAAAGUACAGUAUGACCCCUCCACAUGGCAAGCGCAAGAGCGCAUGAGCCUGCACGAGAUGUCCCACGCAGUGGAAUCGUUCCAGGUGUUUCUCUCCCACACGUGGCGGACUCCCGGCAAAUGGAAGUUCCUCGCGCUGUCUUUUCAGUGCGGCUGGCAAUAUGCGCUGGGCGGCUGGUUUAUGUCGCUGGUACUGUGCUGGGGUCUUUGUGCGGUCGACGUGCUGCCGAUGCCCCUGGAGUAUGAUGCCACGAUUCUCGACUUCGAGGACCUUUGCCCUCUGGGCUUCUGGAUCAUCACUGGGGGCUUAUUGGCAACUACCUUCGGCUUGCUCUCGGUCCCGCUCUGGCCCGACAGGUGCUGUCGCCCUGAUCUCAGCUUCAUUGAUGUGACAAGCAUCAACCAGGUGGACACCGUCCUCAUGGAGCGCGGUGUCUUUGGCAUAGCAGGAUUCCUGAGCCUAUCUUCCGAACUGCGCAUCCUAUGGAGUUCGCCGUACCUGUCUCGGCUGUGGUGUGUGUUCGAGCUGGCAGCAUACAAGAAGGUGCGGCCCACCGGGAAGAUCUCAUUCAGGCCCCUCUUCAUCGAGAAGGUCAUGUUCUGGAUGUUGUCCUGCUCGUAUCUCUAUGGGUUUCUGAUACUUUUUGCCAGGGGUCUGCUGGGUGCGACGGUGAUCCUGCUCGCGGCAGUGUUCGCAAUCUACUUUGUGACGUGGACCAUCGGCAUCUACAUGCUUAGGAUGAACUUCCGCGAGAAGCAUCACUUGUUGCACCAGCUAGAACACUUCGAUCUGGAUCAUGCUCAUUGCUCCCGGCCUUUCGACCGGCAGUUCAUCCACGACGCCAUUGUCGAAUGGUAUGGCAGCACGGAUGCCUUUGUCGACUUCGUGCGUGGGGACCUGCGGCUUGACUUGGAGAAGGUGCUGUCUGCCGUGCGGCUCCCGAACCAGUACCAGAUCUUGCUGCUCACCCCCGCCCUCAGCCUGAGCGCCGAGCUUCUCCUGGCGAACUGGAAGGGUGGAGCUCCUGCUGAGGUUCUCUUGUCCUUCGUCGUCGGAUCCACGCUCGGGAUGAACAUCUUCUACACCCUGGCCUGCAACCUUUUGAUGCUCUACCUCUGUGACGUUUUGGCCCCUCGCCGUUUCGGCUGCAUGGAUCACCUGCAGACUCUCUUCAUCAUCGUGCUCGUCGUGGGCCUCUGGGGCGCCGGAUCUGUGCUUUGCGCACGGAUGUUCCAGGAAAGCUUAGCCAGAGCCUUCAUCUUCCUCAUCGGCUCCAUUGCCUUUGCUGCCUUCAUGUGGUGGCUCGAAGGCAGGUCGGCCAUGGCUGUGCUGAGCCGAUUCCACCGGAGAUGGCGCUGA